CACUGGGGUUCAGCAACCGCUUGCCCAGGACCGGCCAGGACUCGUGCGCUGCGGCCGCCUCCCAUGUUCCAGCAGGUGGAGAGGCAAGCGCCCUGGAAUAAGACAGGCCUAGAAGAGGGUGCGGGAGUGGGGCGGGCGGUGGCCGGGGGCGGAGACUGCGCACCGCCCACUUGGGAGGGCCUCAAAGCGGACCCUGCAGAGCCGCGUUCAGGCACAGUCCGAACAGCUCGGGCACUGUCGCCUGGAGCUCGGGCAGCGCGGGCAGGGGCUGGGUGGGCCCGCUGCGCGCGGGCUGCUAAAGGAAAAGCUUCGCCCGGGGUCCAUGCGCUAGGCUCCCGGCCCACCCGGGCGCGCGGCGGCGCAGAGGGACCCCGCGCGUGUCCGUGCGUCUGCCCCGCGCGGCGCGCCCAUGGGCAGCCCCUGGAACAGCAGCGACGGCGCGCGAGGCGCGCGGGAGCCGUCAUGGGCCGCGCUGCUGCCGUGCGACGAGCGCCGCUGCUUGCCCUUCCCGCUGAGGGCGCCGGGGCCGGUGACCGCCGCGUGCCUGGGCCUGUUCGCCGUCGGGGUGAGCGGCAACGUGGUGACGGUGCUGCUGAUCGGGCGCUACCGGGACAUGCGGACCACCACCAACUUGUACCUGGGCAGCAUGGCCGUGUCCGACCUGCUCGUCCUGCUCGGGCUCCCCUUCGACCUGUACCGCCGCUGGCGCUCGCGGCCCUGGGUGUUCGGGCAGCUGCUCUGCCGCCUGUCGCUCAACGCGGGCGAGGGCUGCACCUACGCCACGCUGCUGCACAUGACGGCGCUCUGCGUCGAGCGCUGCUCCGCCAUCUGUCGCCCGCUCCGUGCCCGCGUCCUCGUCACCCGGCGCCGCGUCCGCGCGCUCAUCGCCGCGCUCUGGGCGGUGGCGCUGCUCUCCGCCGCGUCCUUCUUAUUUCUGGUGGGCGUCGAGCAGGACCCCGGCGUGGACGCGGUCCCGGACCGUAACGGCACCGCGCUCGCCCGCUCGCCCCGCGCCUCGCCGUCCCCGCCGCCCCUGGGGUCCUCGCGGGCGCCCCCGCUGUCCCCGCCGUCGGGGCCCGAGGCAGCGGCGGCCGCGGCGCUGUUCAGCCGGGAGUGCCGUCCAAGCCCGGCGCGGCUGGGCGCGCUGUGCGACCUGCUGUGGGUCACCACCGCCUACUUCUUCCUGCCCUUCUUGUGCCUCAGCCUCCUCUGCGGGCUCACCGGGCGGGAGCUGUGGAGGAGCCCGGGGCCGCCGCGAGGCCCGACCGCCUCGGGGCGGGAGAAGGGCCACCGGCAGCCGCUCCACAUCCUGAUGGUGUUGGUUCUGGCGUUUAUAAUUUGCUGGUUGCCUUUCCACGUUGGCAGAAUCAUUUACAUAAAUUCGGAAGAUUCCCGGAUGAUGUGUUUCUGUCAGUACUUUAACAUCGUUGCUCUGCAACUUUUGAGUGCGUCUAUCAACCCGAUCCUUUACAACCUCAUUUCAGAGAACUAUAGAGCAGCGGCCUGGAAACUGCUGCUGCCCAGACAAUCCAGACAGAGAGGUUUCUGCAGAAGCAGGGACCCUGAAGGGGACAUGGGCGCAGACACGGCUGGCUGCACGGAGACGAGCGCUAACGUAGACCUCAGCAAGCCUCACGGCCAAGCAAGUCGCCUCGACCCACGGUUCUGGGACUUCAGAGAAAAGAGGUCUGUAGGGACGAAGGACUGA